GCGCGAGGCGACGGCGGCGCGGUGGAGGUGGCGGCCGGGCCUAGUCGCGGUGUCGCUCGGGCGGCGGCUGAGGCCCGCGAAGCUUCCGGGCGGCGGGAAGUUCCCGGCACGGAACGCACGUCUGUCGGGGAGCCAAGAUCUGGCCCCUGGUGACUGGGCCAGGUUGUGUGCCGAGGUGGACCCUGCCUUGUGACAGGCUGAACUCCAAUGUGCAUCAAUGGAUGAUGACAACCUGAAUGAGCUUGUGGCCCAAAGUCCAGGGACUGAUGGAUGCCCCCAAGUUGGGUCUGCAGACCUGGCCAGCAGUUCUGAAGAGAACAACGAUGGUCAGAGCAGAGACUCUGAGGAAGACACAGGCAGUGAGCAUGGAGAGGAAACAGAUGAAGAGAUUGAGGAGGGGCCGUCUGAGGAGGAGGAGGACCUGGAGGAUGGAUCUGGUUAUGAUGAUUCUGAAGAUGAAGUAGAAACUGUAGAGGCAGCUGAAGACUCUUGGGGGAGGCCGGAAGCCAGCGGUGCCCUUACUUCUGAUGAAGACGCAGAAAGCUGCCCGAUUUGUCUCAAUGUGUUCCGAGACCAGGCUGUUGGCACACCAGAGACCUGUGCCCACUACUUCUGCCUGGAUUGUAUCGUUGAGUGGUCUAGGAAUGCAAACUCCUGUCCAGUUGAUCGAGCAAUAUUUAAAUGUAUUUGUAUUCGAGCUCAGUUUGGUGGUAAAAUCUUAAAGAAGAUGCCAGUGGAGAACACCAGAGCCUGUGAGGAGGAAGAGGAGGAGGACCCGACCUUUUGUGAGGUGUGUGGCAGGAGUGACCGUGAGGACCGGCUCCUUCUCUGCGAUGGCUGUGACGCAGGGUACCACAUGGAGUGUCUGGACCCCCCUCUUCAGGAAGUGCCCGUUGAUGAGUGGUUCUGUCCAGAGUGUGCUACACCAGGCACUGGCUCUUCUGCUGAUGUGGCCCCUGUGAGUGAAGAAGAGGUCUCUCUGCUCCUGGCUGAUGUGGUGCCCACCACUAGCAGACUGCGGCCCCGUACAGGGCGGAUCCGGGCCAUCGCCAGGACAAGACAAAGUGAGAGAGUGAGGGCAACAGUGAAUCGGAACCGGAUCUCCACAGCUAGGACGGUCCAGGAUGUGCCAAGGUACCUGAUGUCCUCCCUGUUGGAUGAGACCAUUGAGGCAGUGGCAGCUGGUCUGAGCACAGCUGAGUACCAGCGUCCUGUGGCACCUCGGACCCCUGCCAGACGGAAAAGGAAGACAGGGAGGCAGAAGAAAGUGCCAGGAAGAAAGAAAACCCGGGCCAAGUUGUCUGUGAAAAGUAAAAGUGCAGGUGCAAGAUCCAGGAAACGCCAGCAUCGAGUGAAGAAGAGAAAAGGGAAGAUGAUGAAGAGGGAAGUCACAGCUCGCUCUCGUAUUGCUCGGAUGCUGGGUCUCCGCAGGCCAGUCCAGGGCUGCUGUAUGCCAUCUAUGUGCCGCCCAGUGGAUCCCUCGCUAGCGCUGAUGCGGGCAGAUAUUGGAGCAGCUGCUCUUUCACUGUUUGGGGACCCCUAUGAGCUGGACCCCUUUGACAGCACUGAAGAGCUGUCUGCAGAACCCCCUUCUCCUCUGAGUGCCAAGAGGAGGGCUCUGUCCCGCUCGGCCAUGCAAUCUCACCAGCCUGUGGCCAGGCCCAUCUCUGUGGCGCUCUCAAGGAGGCAGCUCCCCACUGCGGGCCCAGAGCCAGCCAUGGAGGUGUCCCCUGUCCCUGAUCUGCUGGGCAGCAUCCUGUCAAGUCAGAGCCUCCUGAUGAUGAGCAGUGCUGAUGUCGUCAUCCACCGAGAUGGCUCCCUGAGCGUGAAGCGGGCAGCUCCAGCCUCUCUUCAGAGAAGGCCAGAGGGUCUGUGCAGAAGGGAAGAAACAUCCAGGCUUGGGAGUGGCCUACAGUCCAGAGUGCCAGCCUCCAGGAGCACAGCUGGGGGGCUCAGGGAAGACCAACUGCAGGGCUCUGGGAGCUGCACAGGUGGAUCGACCCUUCCCCAUGCCUGUGCCCUCAUCAAGCCCCCUGUGAAGCAGGACUUGCCACCAGUGCCUGAGUCUCAGCAGAGCCCGUCAGAUGGCAGUGGGCCUGGCUUGCAGCAGAGUGGCGCCCUUGGCUGUAAUAGUAUCAGCAGGCUGAGGGUGCCUCCUCAGUCUGUGUCAGCUAAGAGUUCCAGUGGCCACUCUAACUCUCCACCUAAAAGGAUAGCCCUCGGACAGGCCCUCCUCUCUCCUAGGAGAGCUAACAUCUCAGAGCUGCCCAGGAUACCGAAGCUCCACAGGGAUCGUGAUAACAGCAGACAGGACAAAGCCCCGACCCAUGGGCAGAGCAUUGAGAUCCCUAGCACCUGCAUUAGCCGUCUGACAGGCAGGGAAGGGCCUGGGAAGCCUGGGCAAGGCCGGGCAGAGGGCAAACCUAGCAGCAGGGGUCCCCAGGAGUCCAGCUCCAAUACUGGUGGCUCCCACUCCCCCGCCCCCAGCUGUCACAGCAGCUUGGCCCCACUGGGGACCUCAAGAGGAAAGGGCAUUGGGUCAACCUUUGAGAGCUUCCGUAUCAACAUCCCGGGGAACACAGCACAGUGCAGCCGACUGUCCAGUCCAGGCUUCUGUAACACCUUCCGGCCUGUAGACAGCAAGGUGCAAAGGAAGGAGAGCCCUUCACCGCUCUUCUCCAUCAAGAAGACCAAGCAGCUCAAGAGUGAGAUCUAUGAUCCCUUUGACCCUACAGGCUCUGACUCCAGUCCCCCUAGCAGCAGCCCUGAGCAUCUCGGUCCCAGCCUGCUGCCUUCUGAGAUUACAAGAACCAUUUCCAUUCACAGCCCCAAGGCCCCUGCAUUUCAGGCUGUGCGCUGUGUUACCUCUUACACAGUGGAAGGCGUCUUCAGAACAGAGCCCAAGUCCCCUGUCGAGACUGCAUCGCACAUGUGCAAGCUCCAGGGUGAGGGGGCUGCUGAGGGCACCUCUGACACAGAGCAUGAGCCAGGGGAGGAAGGGCCCAUAGAGAGCCAGGGCCUGCGCCGCCAGGCGCACAGGCCAUCCCCACUGGACCCCUGGGACGAUGAGGACGAGGCGUCUCACAGCACUUUCUUUAGCUCUGAGGAGCGGACAGUGACCUGUGUGACUAUCAUGGAUCCAGACACUCCACCUACUGUGGAUGCACCACAGGCCACCACCCACAGGAUUGUGGAACUUCGGGCUCCAUCCCGCUCCCGCUCCACCUCCAGCUCCCGAGGCAGGAAGAAAGCCAAGAAGAAAAGGUCCAAGGAACACUGGAGGUCACACUCCCGGUCUCCCUCAGGCUCCAGGGACAGGGCCUCACGAUCUGUGUCACCAGUGGUGGAGGAGCAUGCCAGGAGGCACCGGGCUAAGGCCAAGGGCAGGAGAUCUUCCAGUGACCGUGCCAGCAGUCAGGAGAGAACAAAACGGAGGAAGACCAAGGACCGGGUUAAGGACCGGAGACGGAGCUCAUGGGGCCGGGACCGGAGGAAGUCUAGGUCGCACUCUGGCAGUCCAGGCAGUUCCUCCUGUGAACACCAUGACACAGGGAGAAAGAAGAGGCACCAUUCAGGAUCUCGGCCUUGGGGGCGGGACUGCUCCCCCCACAGCAGUUUGGAGAGGGCCUGGCGGCCGAAGCGUCCACGGGAGAAGAGCCGUGAGUGGCUGGACAGAAAGGAGAGCACGGCCCAGCCCCAAGAGAAGAGGAAGUGGAGAUCACGCUCCCCUAGCUCUGAGCAGAGGGCACGGGAGGUCCUGCAACCAGGUAUCCAUGAUGUGCGACCACCUUCACUGGAGAAGGGGACAUUGAGGGAGGCCUCCCCAAGGUCUCCUUCUGAGGAGCCAAGGCAGCAGGGAGACCCACCAGGAAAGCCACCCACUUCGCCAGAGGUGUGUGUCAUGCCCAAGGUGCUCCCAACCCAGGAGACCCUCCUACCCCCCACCCCUGUGCCCAUUCCAGUCCCUGAGGUGCCAGCCCAGUGUGUACCCGAGGACCUGGAUUAUGGCGACUCAGUCGAGGCUGGCCACCUCUUUGAGGACUUUUCAAAUGAAGCCAUCUUGAUGCAGCUGGAUGACAUGAGCUCACCUCCUUCCCCGGAGAGUACAGACUCUUCCCCAGAACGGGCCCUUCCACCUAACCCUAUGUCGUCUCAGGCUGGCUUGCUGCAUGAUGCCACCUUGCCCACCAUUCCAAGGGAGGUGUCAGUGAUCCAUGCUGAGGACAUUUUACAGCCCCCAUCCCAGGCAGAGGGCCUUCCAGGGCAGCACCCGCCUGGGCAGGACGUGGCAGAGACAGCUUCCACAGUCCCUGGCUUCCUGGGUGUGUUGCCCACGGGCUUGGACAUUCCCUUUGUGAGUGGGAGGGCUCCUGAGCCAGACAGGCCUGAGGAGGAGGGGCCCCAGGUGCCCCUGCUGCGGUCCCGAGCCCUGGUGAAAAGGGUCACCUGGAACCUUCAGGAGGCUGAAGGCAGCACCCUGGCCUUGGACCAGGCUCCAAGGAUACCACUUCACAAGCCACAGAAGCCCUGGGAAGGAGCCUGGAGCACAGAGGACGGGAUCCCCAUGGGUGCCAAGCAUGCAUUGUUCCCUGAGCCACCCCCUUCUGGCCAGGCACUCCUAGAGCCUGGGUUUUCCAGCAUGGACCCCUCGCAGGUGUACAGCCCUAGCAUGCCUCCUGCCCCAUCCCAGCCCUCUGGCUUCCCACCUCACGCCCUGGUCAGCCAGCCUUCAGUCCAGUUCCUCCUGCAGGGCAGCCUGCCCUUGGUGGGCUGUGGGCCUGCACAGAGCUUGGCCCCAGUGACCACCAUGCUGGCCCCAGCUUCAGAGCCAGCCAGCCAGGCCAACACCAACAGUAACUCAGAGGAGAGAACUUCCACUCCCAGGCCAGCUGGGGAGAAGACAAAGAAAGAGGAGUACAUGAAGAAGCUGCACAUGCAGGAGCGGGCAGUGGAGGAGGUGAAGCUGGCUAUCAAGCCCUUCUACCAGAAGCGGGAAGUGACCAAGGAGGAGUACAAGGACAUCCUACGCAAAGCUGUGCAGAAGAUCUGUCACAGCAAGAGUGGUGAAAUCAAUCCUGUGAAGGUGGCCAACCUGGUAAAGGCCUACGUGGACAAGUACAGGCACAUGCGCCGGCACCGGAAGGUGGAGGCCACUGAGGAGCCCCCUGCCCCAGGGACGGAGGCCUGAGACAUUUCUGUCUUGCUUCCUGGUCCAAGGCACAACCGAGCUAACCAGCCUCCUGCCUGUGGGGGUCCUGUGACAUCAUCUGCACCAGUUUUGCUCAGUUUAAAACUGGACUUUUUUAUAUGUAUAUUAUAGUUUCCAUUGUGUUCUAAUUUAUCAAAAAUGGCUUAUCUUUAGAAAUCUCUGUGACUCAAUACUUGAAGGUGAAGCCUUUAUAGGUCAGGCGCCUGGUGAACAGGGCUUAGACCCAUCCCUCAGGCCUGUACCCAUCCUCCAUGGUAGGGUUAGCGGGACACUUAUUUUUACUUCCCAUUGUUUUGGUUUUGGC